UUUCAGGAGAAUAAGUGCAGUGUGCAUAAGGCUUUCGACACCACAUACUUGCUCCGCUCAACAGCUAACAAUCCAGCUAAUCUUUGUGUCAGGUACAUCGGAAUAAGUGCCACAAUGAAACACGGAUUAUUAUUGAUCGCGCUUUUCAUUGCUGCAACAGCUCUCACUUCUGGUGAGGAGAGUUCAGCUUAUAUGGCCCCCAGCCUGAAACCAGCCCCCAGCCCCAAAACAACGACGACCCACAGCCCCAACACAACGACCCACAGCCCCAACACAACAACGACCCACAGCCCCAACACAACGACCCACAGCCCCAACACAACAACCCACAGCCCCAACACAACAACCCACAGCCCCAACACAACAACCCACAGCCCCAACACAACAACCCACAGCCCCAACACAACGACCCACAGCCCCAACACAACAACCCACAGCCCCAACACAACAACCCACAGCCCCAACACAACAACUCACAACCCAAACUCAACAACUAUUACACCUUCCACUACUACAUCAAUACCAAUGCCAACACCAUCUACCAACAUGACAACAGGGAACUAUAAUAUCAGUGACGGUAAAGGCACACUGUGUAUUAUGGUUGUCGCAGCAAUCAGGAUUCGUGUGAACACCAGCGAGGCAAAUGGCACAUUCAUUGUUCAGCCAAGCAAAACUAAUGUCAAAGGAAAUUGCUCGGAAGAAGAAGCUUCUCUCAUGAUCUCAUUCAAUGAAGGCGACAUUUCCUUACAAUUUCAAAAAAAUAAGGAAACAAAAAAGGUCUACGUCAAGUAUGUGCAAUACAAUUUGACCUAUGCUUUCAAAACAGGAGCGUUAAGCAAUUACACAGGGACGAACAAGUCUCUUGAGCUGUUUUCUGUGGAUUUGGGUUACUCUUACUCCUGCAAGGAUGAGACGGUGUUCAUGGGGAGCGGUGUGAGUCUGGAUCUGACUCAAUACAGGGUUCAGGCCUUCGAUAUCAAAAACAAGAAUUUCGGACCACCUGAACUAUGCAAGGCUGAUCAACCUGACUACCGCGUUCCCAUCGCCGUGGGCGUAAUCCUCAUCAUACUCAUCAUCAUUGUAGUCAUUGCUUACCUCAUCAGCAGGAAACGGAGGACUGAUGGGUACCAGUCACUAUAAAGGCCUAUAAUUCAUGAUUUAUGAGAAUACUAGCAAUUCCAGUUUGCAGGAAUUUUAAUGCUGUUAUGUAUGUCUCAAGUGAAUGUUCCCUAUGUAUAUCAACGAAUAUGGAUGGCCUAGGAUCUGUCCAAACAAUGUGUACUAUGCAGGGACAGUCUGCCACAUCCUAACACAAGCUGAAGUUGCCAUCACACUUUCUACAUCACUAUAAGAUCAUAAUACAACCAGAUGGCAAAUGUCUUUAGUACAUGCCUUUUUUAGCCUACAUUUGUAAACUAAUUAACAUUUUUCAAGAACCUAACCUAAUACUGACAAUACAGAAGGAUGUGCAUAAUCUACUCUUGCUCCAUCUUAAGUGUAAUUGCUCUUUUCUCUAGGUGCUGGUCACUGUCUGUCACACAUCUAAUGCAUUUUCUGUGAUAGACCGAUAAGCCAUUGUUAAUCUGAUAAAUAUGUACCCUAUUUUUUCCAAAGGGGCCUUAAAACAUAAAGGGAUGCCUAUAAGGGAAUUUAUUUGCUUACGUUGUGUAAUUAGUAACAGAAAGGAUUUUAAUAGCAGUUGCAUUCUAGUAUUCAUUCUGUACAUUUUUUUCUGUUUUUAACCUGAAGAGCUUUACUAUACUGUAUUGUGAUCUGAAGCUGCAUUUACAGUGUGCAUUGAAGUUUGGGAAUAAUGUGUAAUUUUGGUUAAAAAUAAAAAAUAACUUGUUUAAAAAA